AGGAAGGAGCGCGCUUCUGUGGCCGCCCGCCUGAGGAGGGACCGGCGCUGAGGGGAGGGAGGAAGAGCCUCGUCCGGCUUCGCGGGCCAUGAGCGCCGCCGCGCUGGUUUCCCCCGCGCUGCCCCCGGGGCCUCCGCUGCCGCCGCCGCCGCCGGCUUCCACGCUGCCCCCGGGGGCCGCCGCUGCUGUCGCUGCAGCCGCCGCCGCCGCCGCCGAGAGCUAUGAGGAGGAGGAGCUGGAGAGCCCCGCCGAGGAGGAGGACGGCGAGCGCAGCGGACGCGCUCGGGACUCCGACGAGGAUACGGAAGAUGCCAGUGAAACUGAUCUGGCAAAACACGAUGAGGAAGAUUACGUAGAAAUGAAGGAACAGAUGUACCAGGAUAAAUUGGCAUCACUAAAAAGGCAGCUGCAGCAACUACAGGAAGGUACCUUACAAGAAUAUCAGAAAAGAAUGAAGAAGCUGGAUCAGCAAUACAAAGAGAGGAUUCGCAAUGCAGAGCUUUUUCUUCAGUUGGAAACAGAGCAGGUGGAACGAAACUACAUCAAAGAGAAAAAAGCAGCAGUGAAGGAGUUUGAAGAUAAAAAAAUCGAGCUGAAGGAGAGCUUGAUUGCUGAAUUGGAAGAGAAGAAGAAGAUGAUUGAGAGUGAGAAGCUCACCAUGGAACUGACAGGAGAUUCCAUGGAAGUGAAACCGAUUAUGACCAGGAAAUUGCGGAGGAGGCCAAAUGAUCCGGUGCCCAUUCCUGACAAAAGGAGGAAACCAGCCCCAGCUCAGCUCAAUUAUCUCCUAACGGAUGAGCAGAUCAUGGAAGAUUUGAGGACUCUCAAUAAGCUUAAAUCGCCUAAAAGACCAGCUUCUCCUUCCUCGCCCGAGCAUCUUCCAACGACGCCAGCAGAAUCCCCCGCCCAACGAUUUGAGGCACGGAUAGAAGACGGAAAGCUUUACUACGAUAAGCGAUGGUAUCACAAGAGCCAGGCUAUUUAUCUGGAAUCGAAAGAGAACACUAAAAUCAGCUGUGUGAUCAGCUCGGUGGGAGCCAACGAGAUCUGGGUGAGGAAAACCAGCGACAGCACAAAAAUGAGGAUCUACCUUGGGCAGCUCCAGCGGGGCGCUUUUGUCAUCCGACGGCGAUCCGCAGCUUGACUGUCGUCUUCCUCCCACCCCACCCCGGCAAACCCUCGUAUUAAGGACAACCGGCCGUCUGCGAGAUGUGUGCUUGUGCCCCGUAGGUGUGAUUAGGCCAGAAACAAAACCAUCACCCUUCCCUUCCUUUGGAAGUGUUGUCUACAACCAGCUGCGUUUCCCCCUGUGUUUCUCUCGCGGAACGCCCCGCCACCCGGACCGACGGUUCCGCUUUCACUGGAAAGCGGGAGACUGCCAGGGUUUUUUCGUCUUCCCGUUAUUUCAACCUGUUCUUAAUGGUGUUCCGGUGGCGGAAGGCCGACGACACGGGCAGCCUGGAGGAAGCUCCGCCAACCCUCCUCCAGCGAGGCCAAACGUCACUGGAGGAGAAAGCGACAGCGUUGGGACGCGUU